AAAACAACAUAUGAGAGGAAAGCUACAGAGGAGGAGAGCAGGGACUGCAGAGAGACCACAACACUUCAGGAGUAAUGCUUUAAAUAGUUUUUUUUUUUUAGUAAUGAAGUUUGACAAUGUUCCAGUUUUCACUGCACUGACACCCAAAAGGAUUUUUCUACUUGUGAGAUCAUCUCUGACGACGUGAUCCGACACUCAUCUACCUCAGCAGCUCCUGUCAGGAACCUGUGAAUCAGAUUCCAGCCAGCACUCUACCUCUAACAUCACCCCUCCAACAUGAGUGAUGACAGGGAGAGACACAGCCACGGAGCCAGGCAGGCUCAAAAUGUUAAACCCAAGUUCAGCCAGAGAGAGAGGAACAGCAAGGAGGACAUGUUGAGGAGGGAGAAGCCUGCAAAAGUGAGGAGGUCGAGGAGCACCGACUCGGAGAGGGCGGGAAGAGGCAGGAGGAGAGAACGAGACAGGCACCAGGGGGAGAGGAGGGAGCGGGGAAGGAGCGAGGAGGCCCGGAGACCAGACAGGAAAGAUGGGGAGAGCGACAGGAGGAAGGUGAAGGCCCCUGAAGAUGAUGUGGAGGACACAGAGUGCGCUGUGUGUUUCUGCUCAUACGAUAACAUCUUCAAGACCCCAAAGCUGCUGGCGUGCGGGCACACCUUCUGCCUGGAGUGCCUCGCUCGCAUCAACGUGACCUCCCCUGAGCUCAAGACCCUGUGCUGCCCCGUAUGUCGUGAGCUGACCAACCUCCCCCACGGCCAGGACCUGCCUCGCCUCGGCAACAAUCAGGACAUCAUAGGCAAACUGCCACCGGACAUGCAGAGAGCACUGUCCAUCCGCUUCAAGCGCAGCAAGGGCAAACUGCUCCUGAAGAACCCUCCUCCCACCAGCCCGACCAAGUCUAAUAUCCUCACCCUGCCCCAAAAGAGCCAGGAGGCCCAGAUGACGGCAGGUGGUGACCUCAGUAUGGCUGCACUGGAGCAGGGAAUACCCCCAGCCACUGUGGUGGAUGUAGGCAGGCCUCCAAACAGGGUCAGAGGUCGCCUGCGCAGGUUGUUUCGCUCAGACCAGUGCUACUAUGUCGUGGUGGCGUCCAUCAUCACCAUCACAGUGGCGCUCAUGCUGGUGGGGAUUCUGGCGUUUGUUAUCAUACCGAAUGUGGUUGUUCACCGGAGGCCUGUUCCUCCAGGGAACACAACGUCACAAGGCACACCAGGUGCAUUCACUCCAGAGACUAGACCCUGAGUGGAGGGUCAGGGGUGGACAAUUUGUAGAGAUGAGACUCAAGUGGAGCGAGAGAAUAUCAUCGUGACUCUCAGUGAUGCUUUUGCCUCCUUUUGUCCUCUUGGUGAAGGAAAAACUAAGCACUGGGACACAUUCAGUCCGGUUCGCAGUGCGGUGAAGUGAAGUGAAGAAAUGAAGGGAAACAAGGGCAGCCACAUUUCUUUAAAGGAAGGACACACAGGCUCAAAGAUGCACGUGGGGAAUAAACAGGGAAAACUUGUUUUCUCUGAACAUGCUUGUGAUUACUGUGAAAGCCAGAAGCACUGUGCGUGUUUAGAAUCUGUCCAUAACGAUUAAUAAGCUGUAAAUGUUGAAAUGCACUAAACUCUGAUGAAAGGACUUGAGUAUCAUUUGAUUUCAUCAGGUUGACUUCUGUAACCAGUUCAGGGUUUCUAGUUCUUACUGCUUUUGUUUAUAGACCAACUGUUUGUACAUAGCCAUAGAUGAUUUAUAUAUUUGUAUAUAUUUUCACGCCUAAGAAUGGACUUUAAUCCCAAUUUUAUCAUCAAAUAAAACAUUUUAUUUAGACAUUUAAAGCUCUUUGCUUCAUUUUCCAAUUUCCAGAUUUGAAAACUGAAAAUUUCCACUUUCCAAAACACAUGGUAACAACUUUAUUUCUAUAAACUAACUGGAUUUUUGUUCUCCUUCUUCUCUGUGAGUGCAGUAUAGAGGGGACUACUUGUCCAUUUUGAUGACACUUGUCCUCUGCUGACCCAAAACAGAUUUGUUUGUUGCCUGUUGCCUUCAGGAACCCCCAUGUCUUCUUCAGACACCUGAUACCCUCUAGUGGUGUAAACAGUCCAGUUAACAUGGUGGUGGCUUGAAUUCUGAAUUCCUCCUCGGCUGCUCCUCUGUGCUCUUCAGGCGGACAAACCUGCUUGACAACACAAGUGUCUUUACCGUCAUGACAUUUCCUUCUGGGUGCUUAAGCAAUCCAUCUCUUUGGUGAGGUGUGGACAAAACAUGAUUUUAAGUCUGUCCCCCCUGCAGUCGUUCAGCUUAUCUGCUUCAGCUGAGUUUUCUGUAGCUGCCUUCAAGGGCGUAGGUUUUGUCUUGACAUUGACACAUGUGAAACAGGGGGGAUGGGGUCCUCUGCCAGAAAAGUUUGAACAUCAACCUAAUUUCCUGCAGUCUGGUGAAUUUUUAGGUACCAAUUUGUGCCCUCUCUGCAUCAAGUCAUAG